GCGCAACACACCACAAAACGCCCCCACAAUCACGCUGUUUUGACGAAGUACCUCCAUGUUUUGUUGUGUUUUGUGGUAUCAUCGUUUAAUGAGAGGUUUGAACUAGUUUUACUCAAUUUGCUGGUGUAAUCUAUUGUUUAGAAAGAUACAGUAUAGUGGAGUGAGGAACUAGUGUUUGACAUGAGUGCAAACAUUGCAGAAUUUAUUGGCAGUUACCUGUCUCUGGAUUGUGGAGAUCCUCUUGGUACAUACCAAGGAGAGGUGGAAAAUGUCAACAAAUGUGAACAGACAAUCUCACUCAAAACUCCCUUCCACAAUGGUGUAAAAACUUGUAUACCUCUAGUGACAAUAAGUGCUAAGGACAUUAAAGACCUACAGAUUCUUAAAACACAAGAACAGGUUUCAAAGGAGAAUGAUUCAAAAGUUUCAAAACUUCCAACAAAAGGCAAACCAGCGAAUAUCGUUCUUAAUAAUCGUGAUGAAGCAAAUCUUCUUAUAGACAGAGGUCAGAGGACACCAAGAAAAAACCAAACAUUUUUUAGCCAUUCCCCAAAUGGGAAAAAAGAAGAGAAUGGGUAUCGAAAUCAGUAUAAUUCUCAAGAACAAGAUGGCCAGAUUCCACCAAGGAGAUCAAGUAAUUUGGAUGGACUCGGAAUUUAUCAAUCCUCUCAUAGGAUAACUGAUAAUAGCCCAGAUAGGUUAAUUACAAGGAGGAAUAGUAGUCAACAAAAGUAUUCGGCAGUGAUAGAUGAUAGUGGAGUACAGAUAAAGAAUGGAAAAUUAAAUGAUGAGGAUGACAAACGAAGGAAAAGACAUAAUUCCGGCUCGUUUGAAGCAAAGGUGAAGGCAAGUCCUAAAAAAAUAGAAGGUCGCAGUAAGAGUCUUCGUGCUAGGAAGGAUCUUGAGUGUUUCAGCGCCCCCACAGAGAGCUUCCUGACAGAUUUUGACUUUGAAAGCAACCUAGCCCUAUUUGACAAAGCAGCAAUAUUUGAGGCGAUCGAUGCCAAGUCGGGCACAAUAGAAACCGUUAACUCUCCGAAACAAGAACCCAAAUUUCGACAUGAUGAAAUGAUUGUAGAUACUGGCAAACCCACAGCCAAACGACAGAUUCUAGUAAACAGAUCAGUCAAUUUAAAGGAAUAUACAACAGAUGAAGGCUUUGUUGUACCAAGCAUAUCUCAAGAUCUACAUGAGAAAUUGUUAAUUAAUGCUGAGAAGUCUGGUAUAACAGUUGAGAGAAGAAUAGAGGCAGUUGGCAGGACUGCUGCUGUCAUGGCCUUACAAGUCCUUGGCGGCGUAAACAGGAUCAACUUUGAAAACAGUCAUCAACUCCCCUCGGUGGUGGUACUGUGUGGACCACAUGUUCAGGGCGCCCAGGGGGCGUGCUGUGCCCGUCAUCUUGCCAACCAUAACCUACCCGUUACAGUAUUAGCUCCAAAUUUGGUAAAAAUGCAUGACUUAUUGGACCAAGAAAUAAAGCUAUUUCAAGAAACGGAUGGUGUCGUCGUAACAAAUUACAAAGAUUUACCUGUUGAACCGGUGGAUCUUCUGAUAUGUGCCCUUGAUUCGCACCAUACUCACCUUCGAUCUCAGGGCUGGUACCAGACCACUGUCCAGUGGGCAACGCAGUGCAAAGCACCUUUGCUAACAUUAGACCCACCCAGUAACCAAACUAUCAGUUCAAAAUGGGCUCUUGCUGUUGGUCUACCAUUCACAUAUGGAGAUGCUGUUGGUAAGCUCUACCUAGGCGACAUUGGUAUCACAUCAAAGGUAUUCACUAACACAGGUGUGAAAUACAGCUCACCUUUUGGUCAUAAAUUUGUAAUUCCAUUACAUAACACUUGAGGCAAUUAUUCAGUCUAUCAUAAUUAGAGGCAUUAAAGCAAGACAUAGCAUUAUCAGAUCUUGUAUCUGUCAGACUGAACAAACAUUGGUUUGGUCAAACAUCUGAUGCAGUACGCCCAGCUUAAGAAUUAUCUGAUCAAAUAAAUUGUAUUUGUUUAUGCUUGUUGGAGAAUGCUGUACUUCAUCAAACAUAUUGUAUAUCAGUGCUGGUUUCGGAGGAUGCUUUACUUCAUCAAACAUGUUUGAUCAAACAAAUUGUAUAUCUUUCUAUGUUGUCAGAUAAUACUUUAAUUUAUUAGACGUGUUUGAUUAAACAUUUAAUUUUUUAGCUUUGAUCGAAAUUUAUGAGUAAAGCUUAUUGUCCCCAUCAAGUUCAACUCUCCAUCGGUACAACAUGUUUUACUAUAACAAAGGAGUUUAACUUUCAUUUUAAUUUUAAAGACAUUUUUAUGAAACAUGCAGUAGUGGAGUUUGUUUGGUCUUUCCAGUCCUAUCUAUAAGAUAGGGAUAACUCUAUUGUUUGUUUUUAGUUUAAUACUAUUUUUCUCAAAGAAAACAUAGUCAACCAUUGGUAGAAUUUAUGAAUAAAUAAGAAUAAUACUUAAAUAAAAUUUAAUUUCUGCCAAGUUUUUAUGAGCUAAGGAUUACCUCCUCAGUAUUUCAAGGAAACAUUACAUAGCUCCCAUUUUUAAUGUUGUGUAGUUGUUGCGUAAAAACUUGUAAUACCACAUUGAGAAAUAAGAAGGUAACCUCUUGCUUUUCGUUCCAAGAUGCCCUGGUUAUACAGUAGCUGUAUUUUAUGUGUAUUCUGUAUGGUGUGAUAGUUCUAUUAUUAUUUUUGUAAUGAAGAGAAAAAUGAUCUGUGAAUAUGUGUCAAGAAAUAUAUUUUAAAUAAUUUAUAUAUUUUACAUGUAUUUCAUAGUAUAAAUUAGGAUACAGAAUGUAUUUUUUGUAUCUAAAUUUCCAGGACAGAAUGCGAGUGCGUGAGUAAUUAAUUUGAUUGUUUGGUUGAUGUUAAAAAUACACUUUCUACUUCCUAUGAUGUUGUUGCAAACCUACCAGGUACCCACUUACUCUUUUGAUUACUUUUAUUUUUUACAAAAGACACAAACGAAUGGGCAGACUUGAACUCUAACAUUUUGAUUGGAAGCACAGUACAGUACCAUACUGCUAUUCCACAUGGUUUCAUGCAUAUCCAUAUGUGAAAGACCAUAUUUGAACAACACCAUUAGCUACUCAAUUAAAAGAUGUCAUAUGAAAGUUUUUUUCUCUAAAAAUCUCACUGUUUUCCUAUUGAUUGAAACUUGAUACUGUUUGAUUAUGCUAGAUAGGAAACAGUAAAAUUACAUCUGGAAUCAAAAUUUUAAAAGAAAUUCAAUUUUAAUUAGAAAUUUGUUUUACUACCAAAGUAGAAUUUUUAAAUUUAAGAUUCUUUUAAUUUCUUCCGAGUUGAAACUAACAAUUAUUCAAUUUCCUUGUGCAUAAAUAAUUAGGCAAUUUGUUUUUAUUUGUUCACUGUCUAAAUACCUUGAGUACAGUAUCAAGUUUGUGUAGGUGUCUUUUGUCAUGAGAAAGCUACAGUACUUUGUGUCCCAUUUGACUAAAAGUAUAGAAUGUGCAUUUAAAAAGCUGUUUCUGUAUUCAGACAUCUGGAGUUCCAAACAGAGUUAUUCAUAUUUGAAAUCACUAUAAUUUAUUUUUGUCAUUACCAGGAAAUGAUAACUUCCCUCUUGAAUACCACCACGCUUAAAUGUGUCAUGCCAAAUUUGCAUUUUUUGACUCUUGAGUAAGCGGUGACUAUAUUAUUUUGGGUAAACAUCACAUGGCUUAAUCAUGAGUUUAUUAUUAUGCCUUGAUGUUUGAUCAUCAAAAAACUACACAACCAAUUUCUUACGAUAUGCCUAUAUACAAAACAUGAUACCAUUUGAAUUAUCAAUAAUGUGCGCUGCUCUCGAAUAAGGAACUUUCUGGAAUAAACGCCAUGCUUAUCGUGAUUUACGAUACUAAUUAAUAUUUUUUUUUUAUUACUGUAUUUUUGUCUUAAUGUUCAAUUACUGUUUUGAACAGAUUGUACUUAUACUGGAAUACAGAGUGUAUUUUUAAAUGUUCUUUACUUUUGAAAACAUUGCCUGUCCGUCAUCAUUCAUAGAGUUAUAUAUUUUAUUUCAUGACUCUUAAAUAUAUAAAUAUAAUUUUUGUUUAAAUGUUAAUCUUUUGUAAGCGUAUACUUUGUUGUCUUCCAACCACUAAAAAAUAUGUACAGCUAUAUUCAAAUCUGGCUUACUCUAAAUUAUCAACAUAAUGAUGGUAAUAAAUAUAAAUUCAAUACAUAACAUAAAAUUAUAAUUGAUACUGCUAAAAGCACAAUAAUUCUAGCAUUGGUUCUCAUGUAAUUAUUAUACAUUAUGUGUUUAGUCUAUCUAGUGUAAUAUCAAUUUCAGUUCCAGUUCACACGGAUAUUUUAUUUACACUGAUGUGAACUGUUAUUUUAAUACUUCAAUAUUAUUUCCUAUCAGUAAUUUUCCAAGCUUUCAUAUUUUCAAAUGCAGCUUCCCUGUACAUUUAUGAAUCACCUUUUAUAUAGUUGCCUUUGUGCAGUACAUUUGUUUACUGUUUAUCAAGGAACUAUAGGUUUGUUUCUGUCACACAGGUAGAAAUUAACACUUGUAGCACCUCUUUGUAUCUGGGGCUAUAUAAAAGCCUUCAAAUAAUAAGAUAGGGAUGGUUAAUUAAAGAGAGUCAUGAUUGGUUUGAUGGAGCAUGUUAGUAUCAACUAAUAGAUAAACCCUCUAAUAAUAAGGAAGGGAUAGUUAAUUAGAGAGAGUGAUGGAUAGUUAGAUGGUGCAUGUUGGUAUCAACUACCUGUACAGAUAAAAGCCUGGAAUGGUUAAUAAAGAGAGUCAUGAUUGGUUAGAUGGUGCAUGCUAGCAUCAACUAACAGAUAAAAGCCUGUAGUAAUAAGAAUGAGAUGGAAUAAUUAAAGAGAGAUCGGUUAGAUGGUGCAUGUUGGUAUCAACUAACCAACAGAUAAAAGCCUCUAAUAACAAGAUAGGGAGAGUCACGAUUGGUUAGAUGGUUUAUGUUGCUCUGGGGCAAUAUAUUCUAAGCAGCACACACAUUUUCUUAAGAUGAGCAUUAUAAUUGUUUAUUUUAUUUUUGUCUGAUCCCCUACCAUAAUUACAGUAGGAGUUGUUGAUGCGAGAGAUGGUUUUAUUUGUUAGUAUUUGAUCGUUAAGCUUUCGUCCAAAUUGUUGUAUAGUAAUCAAGGUAGAUUAGAUAGCAUUGAUAUAUUUAUCUUGGUAUUUUUUAUUUACAUCAGAACAAAGAUAAUACAAAACAAAUGUCCAUAGUAACCGGUAGUUGAAUUGAGGCAUUUUCAUAUUGAUAAUAUCCAUAGUGAUAUUUAUAUAAAAAUGGAGAAGUUUUCAAUUGGAUGUUUCAUAUGCUUAUGAUUAUGUGGGUGAUAUUUCAGCGAGUGGGGUGGAAGAGUGGAAAUUUCUUGUAUCAUUUCACUGUUAAUGUGCUUUUCUUUGAUUUAUCUUGUUUUUUAACAUAUUUUUGGGCAAACUGUUGUGUAAAUAAAUAUAACUAUUGUAAUUAUUAGAUAAGAGCCUGGUGCAUACUACUAAAUAAAAUAAUAUAUUUUAAAGUGGGUCCCCAAAAAAGAAUCACUAUUUUUACAAGACCUGUAUAUGUCUCCCCCCCCCCACCCCCUAUAAAUUAUGAUUUAUUGGUAUGCUAACACAUAAUUUAUAAAUAGUUCCUCUAGUAAGUAAGUUUGAGGAUAUAUUUGUAAUCAAUUUUUUCCCACAACAAAUUUAACUUUAUCCUUCCUUAUGGCAUCCAUCUAUAAGCAAUAUGUAAUCUACUUGGAACUGGGCAUUUUAAAUUAUAAUUUAUAGUUUGUUACUCUCCAUUUUUUCAGAUUUUGUUGUAAUUUGUAUAUAAUUAUCUUAAAUUCAUUUUUUCACUGUAAAUAUUUGUCAGUCUGUUAAUAUUGUGAGGUACACUUCAGGUUAAAUGCUUGGAUGUUGUCCUUGAAAUGGGAAGUACAGUGAGGUACAGUGAUAUAUGAAUUAAAUAAAUAGGCCAGUUGUGAUAGGAACUGUAUCGUAUCCUUUCAGUUGUUGAUAAUUAAAAAAACAUCAUGAUGGUUUCUAUGUGGACUUGAUAAUGGUCUUCGUCUAAUCGAUAAAUUUUAGACCCUCACUGUUUGCUUGUCUUCAUGCUUCAAUGGGUACCUGUUUGGGUCAAAUAAUAAGCCUCAAGGGGGAUUGACACAACUAUGUAGAUAAACGGAUAAAUUUGGAUUAAGAUUAGUUUGUGCAUAAUGACCUUUGAAAGGAUGUUACACAGUUAGUUAAUUAUCAAGUAUUUGAAAUUUAGAUCUAUUAUGCGAUUAAACUAUGUGGACCUGCCAUACAAUAACUUAUUGGUAGGCUCUUGAAUCCAAUGUGAACUCUGUUGAUAAGGGGGUCCCCAAUGAGUGGGGGUGGUCAGAUAUCUAAAGCCCUGUUGAGGUACUGCAUGGAUGCCUCUGACCAUCUAUACAAGAUUGUUAGGAUUAAAGGUAAAAGUAGGAUAAUAUUCUUCUCAAUGGCAGGGGCAGAAAUUAUCCUUAAUAUUGGGGUAAACCUGUCCCCCACUAUACAGUAGGUCCUAUCUACAAGUUUAUAGAUUGAGCUAAUCAAGUUUUACAGUACAGCAUUGGCUAGUCAUAUUUUUUUUAUUAUUGUAGGCCUAGACUUAUAAUAGUAGUGGUACAAAAUUAAAUAUCUUGAGUAACUUCUUCAACAUAAUCCCCCUCCACCCCCCUUUUUUUUUAAUCCCCUGCAGUGAUAUAUUAAAAAGGAAAAAGUAAAUGUAUUCUACAGAUAUGAACUGUAGGUUGUUAAUAGAAUUUACAAUAUGAGGAUGUAAAUAGGUAAUGCAAGUAACACGAUGGGCUGAGCCCUUAGGAUUGUAAAUAGUUGUCCUGUAUCACAACAGUGGAUACAGAUAAGAAUAGGAUGCAAGUUUAUUGUGUAGGCCUAUAGAACAUCAAUGCACAAUUGAAUGUAAUGGAUGCAGUGUAUGGAAUACAAGGUUUGUUCCAUGUCAUGAUAGAAAAAUGUGCUACAAGUUCUAUAAGAAUAGGUGCUAAAUAAUUUGUUAACAAUAACAAAUUAUCAUUAUGAUAUUCUUCAUUCAUUAUUAUCAAAAUCAGUUUUUAAAAUAAUAUAUAUUUUAUUUUAUUAGUAUUGCCAUUGUUAUUAUUUUUUUUGUAGUUGUAGUUAGGAUAACCCAUCUGCUGUAUAAUCUUUUAUUUAUUUUUUUAUCAUGCUAUACAUAGCAAACAGGGCUCAUCCCAAGCUAAACACAUUAUAUACAACUAUCAUUAUCUCAUUUUCUUGAUCUGUUUAGGUGUGGGAAAGCAGAUGAAGUAAUAUUUCAUUAUAGUACCCAGGUCCACAAAUACGGAACUUAGCACCUUGACAUAGCUGAACUAUUUGUAUUUAGUUAAAAAAGUUUAUGUUGUAAUCAAUCCAACAUCAAUGAUAAUACUAAUUUUUUUACCUUAUAGUUUUUUAAUCAUAUUUUUUUUAAGGGGGUUGGGAUGAAAAUAAGAUUUCUAUUAAUAAUAACAUAUUUGAGUCAUUCCAAUUAAAUUAGUAACAAUCAAAAACCUAAUCAGAAUAACAUCACAAUCAAAUUUAACAAUAGAAAUAUAUAUCUAAAUUAAAUAGUAACAAUACAGUAUUCUUAUUAUUGCACGGUGGUUAUUAUGUGGUACUUAAGAAUAUAUUUCACAUUGUUUUUAUGUACUUUACUCUAAAUUAAAGAACAAUAUUUUUAGUUAUGUCAAUGUUAGAAUUUAAUAAACAGCAAAAAAGUUAACUGUUGUUAUAGUAGCCACUGACUUUAUAAUGUGAUAGAUUAUAACUAUACAGUAUUUCUAUCAAAAUCAUGUAGGCUUUUUUUUGGUUGUACUCUUUAUUUUUAGCAUUUUGAUUUAAUAAGGUUUCAUUGUUGUAAAUCAGUACUGCUAUUAAUGCAGAUUUUUUAAAAUAACGAUUGAUCAUAAUAUUAAUAUUUAUUAAUGUUAAAUGCUAAUUGUGUUUACAGCUCCUAUAUUAUAAUCAGUGGCGCAUCAUAGAAUAAAUUGCAGGGUAUGCUAGGGGCUGCCAUCCAAAAAAAAUAAAUAGCUAGUGGGGAAAGUUUGAUCUAUUUUAAUCAAACACAGCAUUCUAUGUAUGUUCUAUUUAUACCGGCAUGGUUGUAAAUUAUAAUUACAAUACAAGUUUCUUCAGCACUGGAUAUCUGUACUGUAUAUGCAAAUUUAUUUUAACUUUAUAAUUACUGAUUACCUGUUCAACAGCUAGGAGGCCCAAUUAGCUUACUGUACAGUAAUACUGUCGUACAGAAGCAGUGAGAAGAUACUGUAAGCAUGCGUACUUGUCUUAGAACCAGUACUUCCGUUCUAGUGUUAAAUUUGCUAUUCUAAUGCCACCGUGUUGUUGGAAGAAUAGCAAAUUUCGCCAUUAUAAGGUAUGCUCCCAUUUCCAUUAACUCACUGAAUGCUAUUUGCUGGUAUUAGAAAACCAACCAUGUGGAAAUUCUAAGCAGCUGAGAGUACGAUGCAGUUUGCUCAGCGGUAGUAGUAGAUUGGUUGAGCUAUCCUAGAUACCAAAGGAUUUAAAAACUAAUACUGUCUUUUAACGAAGCUAUUCCAAUGAAAUGUAGCAAUCAACUUAAUAAAAUUAAGGUUGGUAUAGAUGAUUUUGGAUAAGAAUAGCUAAAUAUAUAACGGAAAAAAGAUACAAUAAAAUAUUUUCUCUGGAGUUUCAGUUUUGGUAUGCAGUGCGUACCUUGCAUCCCAUGACGGUCCGCCACUGAUUAUAAUAGAAUCUGAUUUUGAGGUUAUGACGAUGAGAGUAUGACUGUAUUGCAACAGGUGAUGAAGAUGUUGAUGAUGAUGUUUAUGAUGAUAAUGAUUGACAAUGAUGAUGAUAUUGAGGGCCCUUUAGUACCAGUGUUGCUAAUAAUACAUAGGGCUUAUGUCGUGAUGAUCAUAAUCUUUAUAUCCUGAUCAUGAUGAUUAUGAUCAUGAACUUAAUGAUCUUUGUCUUGAUAAAUGAUAAUGAUGGUUUAAUCUAAAAAAACUCAGAUGUUUAGUUGACAUGAAGUUAAUCUUUCUAUAAACUAAAUGGUGUGGAGUUUGCUUAAAAACCUACACACAUUUGAUUUUUAGAUUGGCCUUAUCCAUACCUAUCUUGUAAUUGUUUCAUCUGUGUCAGUGCUUUAAGUGCAAUGCAUACAUUUGUAUGUGGAACUCCAUGAUUGCAUUAUUAUCUCCUGGUACUUUAUUUGUAAGAAUUCUCCCAUAGUGGGAGUAGCUGUAGAAAUUAUGGGAAUAAUCAUUAAAUGAUGAUACAGGGAAGUCUAGAGAUAAUUAACACAAGCUUUCAUGCUCUUCUUCAGAGAAUAUUCACAAAAGCUGGUAUUUUACAUUGUUUGCUAUCUGUUUAAGAUGUAUCUCAAACCUCAGUUGCUGAUGAGACAAUAUGACAUUGAAAUUUCAACUUUAGUAAAUUGUUCAUCACCCUUUUAUAAAUUGUUCACCCUUUUGUCUUCUAAACCUUUACUACUUUGUGUUAUACUUUAUUAUUUUGUGUUUAUUUUGUUACAAUUUUGUGUAUGGGUUACAAAUCCUACAUUCCAUAUGUGUACAUUAUUAGCACUCAACGAUAUAUGUUUUAGAUUUAAGUUUAAUGCAAUAGCAUUUAUUAUUUAAACUAAAUCAGAAAAAGGGAAAUCAAUACUCUUGUUACUGAUAGUCUUUAAUGGAAGAAACAUUUGUUGUAGAACCAAACAACUGCAUUGUGUGUAUUGUAAACCAAAUCCACUUGAUGUACAGUAUUGUAGACAGACAUUUCUUGUAAUGCGAAGAACUAGUGAAUACCAUUUUAUUAUUUUUUAUUCAUAAAUGCUUUGACUAUAGUAUGGUGUCAUUACUUUUCUUUAUAUUUUUCCAUGAAUGUUUUUUUUUGUUGUUUGUCACGGUAUUAUAAAUAUUGUUGAUUAUGUUAUUACAUACCAUCUGUAUUCGAAUAAAUGUUCUGCUUUGAUUAAACAAUCACUCAAAUAAACAGGACAUUUGUUUUCUUUGAAUUCCCCUUCACCCUACCAAAAUGACAAAAGCACUCCAAGCAACACCACUCUCAAGCGAGCUAUUGUGAUCAUACAAUAACCUUGUGCUGUGCUCUCCAUUUUCAGUGAAAUGAAGGGGGAAUUUAUUUGCAUGCAUCUCUUUUACACUGAAAAAAUCAAUGCCUCCCUUGAAUAAACUCCUCCCCAAAUAAAUUCCCUCUCAAAAACCACACUUAACACAAUACACGCCAGAAAUUUAUUCAAAUAAAUAUGGUAUUGUUAUUAUUCAUAAUAAAUGUGUUUAUUACUAUUAUUAUUAAAUGUUUUUAUUUUAACUAUAGAACGAGUUGGAAGGAUAAUUCUAUUUCCGUCUUUCACCAUACCAGCUUAACAUACAGUAGCGUAUUUAAUAUCUCUGUUGGUAUUUUUAAAAUUUCAACCACUGAAUUUAAGACGAAAAAAAACAAAAAAACUUGGAAACUUGCUUACCCUGGUAACUGGGGGAAAAGGCAAGUAAACUGUUAUUGAAAGAAAUACAAUAAUUUUGUAUGUGUUUGAAAUUUUAAAAAGAGUAAUUAAGAAGUGAAACAAUGUAUGAAAAAACCCCUAAAAUGUUGCUCUUAGUACGUACAAUUUCUAGAUUCUAAUUCAUUAUGUUUAUGUUGUGUUUAUAAAACUUUAUGAACCAUUCUGAGAUUUUGGGCAUUACAUUUUCCUUAUGUAGUGUAACCAUAGAACUAUAAAAACGGCAAAAAAAAAAAAAAAUUGCUGUGUUGUCCGAGUGCAGUGACAUUUGGUAUUGUUGGGAAGUUUUUUCCCAAAUACUGUACUAUAGUGUUCAUUGCCAACCACCACUUAAUACAUAAAUGUUUGUUAGAGUGGAGUGGUAACAACAUGGCUAAAAUAUGUUGUUGAAGGAUCAAAAGUUUGGGAAAUUGUCCUUUGCAUACAUCAUACAAGUAUCUUUUCUCCUUCCUAUAAAAAUGCUUUUUUGUCAAAAAAUCAGGUAAACCGAGAAUUAUCUGGAUUUUGGAUCCAUUGUGUGGACAACAUAGAGUUUUUAUUUGGCUUAAUAAUAAUAGCUUUGCAGUACUGUAUGCAAGAUAUGUGUGUCAUUGGCAACCAAUUUGUACUGUAUUGUUUGGCUUCAUGUUUAUAAUAACAAUGAAAAUACUGAUAAACUGCAUUAAGUUGUUUCUUAGUGUUUCAUAGCUUCUAAUGUCGUCGUAACAACUUUUCCAGAUCUGAGUGACUGCUUGCAUUUUUUAAUUAUCACUCUUUUGCAAGUUCAAUACUAAAUGUACCUUUAGUUACCUUUUAAAAGAAGUGAGCAGUUCAGCCUAAUUAAGAAUACAUGGAAUAGAACAGAACAGUUCCUACCAGAGUCUGUCAAAAAAAAAAAAAAAAUUCUGUUUUAAAGGUACCUACUACCUAAGUUUUGUUUUUUAUUUCCCUUCCAUCCUAUAACAGCUUUGUAGCAGUUACCGAUAUUUUUUUUUUCUGUAUUCACUUUUUACCAUGAUCUUAACCUUAACCAAAGCUUAUGUUACCUUACUUGACAGUCUUGUUAGUCACACAAUUUGAGGCAAAUAAGCACUCUUGCACUCAGUUGCCCUAAUAUAUUUCUCCGUGAUCCGAAGCAAUUGAAAUUAGUCAUGUGACCGUACCGUACUACCCUCUAGACGGUUAUUAAUCAUGAGCAUGUAGGGGAUUGUCCAAUCACCACCAGAAGGACCCCACUGGAAAUAAGUCUUCUUCUCUGAGACUUUCGUGGGCUAUCCUUGGUGUUUACACUGAAUAAAUCCAAUCCAAUCAUAACGACCAAGUGUUGCAGCACUGAGACCUGCUCCUCCCACUCAAGUCUUGGUCUGGGCCUCGGCUACCUCUACUUCACUAGUGAACAUCAGUGUGAAAGGAAACAUAAGCUUAGCUAUAAUACUAUUCAUAUCAAAUUAUAUGAAAAUAAAUUUAUUUAAGAAUAAUCUAAAGUGUUUGCUUCCCUAAAUCAAUAUUGUUUUAAAGCUGUUGCAUUUUUCUGUUAUUAUUUUGUUAUAUGUUGAAGCUAAUAAAAGCCAUAAAUUUA